ACCUGCCACAGCGGAAGUGAAAGCUUCAGAAGAAAUAGUGGCUAGAUAAAUAAACAUGGUCGGUGUUUUCGUAUUGUACAUUGUAAAAAUGUCCUACUAACAAAAUGAAUGUUUGUAUGUGCGUCGUGUUGUUUCUCGUAAGUGCCACAGCUGCAAACAAAAGCGGAGACGAUGAAUGGGUGCAUCUGCCAAAUAAAUGUGAAGUGUGCAAAUUUCUUAGUAUUGAGAUGAAGUCUGCAUUUGAAGAGACUGGCAAAACAAAAGAAGUGAUUGAAACCAACUACCGCUUCUUGGAUGAUAAAGGUGCACCGCCAAUCAAAUAUGUCAAAUCUGAUAUUCGUUUCAUAGAGGUGAUGGAGAACGUUUGCUCAAGGAUUAUGCAGUACAAUCUACACAAAGAGAGAGUCGGAAGUAAUCGCUUUGCAAAGGGUAUGUCUGAGACAUUCUCUACCUUACAUAACCUGGUUAAUAAAGGCGUGAAGGUGGUCAUGGACAUUCCCUAUGAGCUGUGGAACGAGACCAGUGCAGAAGUGGCUGAUCUCAAAAAACAGUGUGAUGUGAUGGUAGAGCAGUAUGAAGAAGUCAUUGAAGACUGGUAUAAAGGCAGCCAGGAGGAAGAUCUCACCACUUACCUGUGUGAAAAACAUGUGCUGAAAGGACAAGACACCGACUGUCUUAAAGAGAAAUGGAGUGGGAAAAAGGGAGACACAGCAGCUAUCGCAGAGGACAAGAAAAAGAAGGGCAAAAAGAAAAAGGGUAAAGACAGCGAGGAUGAGCAGAAAAAGGAGAAAAAGGUAAAGAAGAAGAAGAAAAAGUCCAAGCUGACUGACACUGAGACCAGCAAACGGAAAACUGAAGAAGCUGGAUUCACCUCAGAUGAGGAGGAGUUCCAGAAGAAAGUUCCUCUUAAUCAGGAUAAAACUGAACUCUGAUAGAUUUCUUUCCUUUUUUUCUUUUUCUUUUUUUUCCUUUAUCUAAAUCUACUACUGAUACCGAAAUGAACAUUGCGUUUUAGUCUAUUAGAAGAAGGUAACGCUGAGGUCCUCAUUCUAGAUCAGAUUGAACAUGUCACUUGAAUGUUACAUUAACUCCAUCCAGGAACAAGCUAAAAACAAAUGCCAUUUCAAAUCCAAAAAUGGCAGCUAGACCAGUCAAAUCAGAGCUUGGAUUCAAACGUUUGCUUGUGUUUGUUCUCAUGCUGGUUGUUGGCAUGCUGUUGGAAUGGAUUCUGGAAAUCCUUCUUAUGGUUCUCAUUUCUAUUCCUCUGACUCAUCUCGCUGAUUUUUCCCCCCUAAAAUUUUGUUUAGGUUUUAGGUAAAAAAUUUAGUUAAGUUGUCCUAUGCUUACUGUUACUUUUAAUUGCCAUUAAUUUCAUAGCAUAGAUCACUCAUGGAUUCCAAUAAGGAAAUACAUACUUAGAGCUAUUUGCAGUAUUAAUAUAAUUAUGCGGUUCAAAUGAGAUUUUUACCUGUUUCUGUAUAGGAUAAUAUUUUAUGUGAGCCAACAAAUACAAAUUUUGUUUUGUGUUUCAACAUAUGCAUAAAAUGUGAAUUUUUCUUUUCUUUUUUCUUUUUUUAAGUUCGAAUAUUCUGAACUUGGCAUCUUGUAAAGUCUCUAAAUUUCCCACAUCUCUCAUUUCAGUAAUGCAGAUAAUGGGAGAAACCCUGAGAAAGUAGUCUGCCAUUCCAAGAAGUUGGGACCUGUUCAUUCUUUCUGUUAUCCAAAUAUGGGUGUACCAUUUUUGCUUGAUCUGUUAAUUUUUUUUAUUUUUUUAUUUGUAGUGUUUAUGUAUGUGAUGUCACUUAAAGGGAAUGUUUGAGUUACUUAAGUUACUUGUUUACUUAAACUGUUUAUCUGAUAACAGGCAUCACUAUUUCCAAAAGGUGAGUGUGAGUGUGAGUGUGUGUG